GGAAUGGGGUUUGAUUUAGUCUCCAAGCAUUAACUUGCUGUCCCAAGUGAUCAUCGACAAAGGAAAAAAGAUGAGCAAAUAAAACAUACAAACGAAAAAACAAAUAACCUGCUUACAAAUAAACAAACAAAUUAAUAAAAGAAGGUUGCUGUCCCAACCAAGGACUGGUACGUACAAUUCGAUCUGCAAACAGCUCAGUGCCGCCUUGUGCGUGCUAGCUCUUGAUGCAUGCUGUAUUAAUUAAAUUCUGGCCGGCAUUCUAAGAUACCAAUGAUGCAUUAACUCUACCAAUGCUCUUUCUUUAUGGUUAUUAGAUUCCUGAUCUCUUUCUUUCCUUCCCCACAUUCUCUCAUGACUCUGUCAAAAUCUCUCAUGCCAUCUUUUCCUGAACUUCGAAUGUUAUAAAUAUAUAUGAUAUACGUACAGAUGCUGCAUGCACCAGAUCAUGGUUCUUGGAGCCGAGCAGUACUGAGCAGCGUGAGAUUUUCUUCAAGAGCAUCUCGAUCGGGCCGAGUGAUCUUUUAUUACAUCAAUGAAGAAACCAUCAAAACUGAGAAGCAUUUUGUUUAAGUUUCUAAUAGUACCGCAUGCAGCAUCUGCUGUAAAUUUCCAGUUCCAGAGCCCAUCUCUUAGCCCUGCAAAAAUAUCUGUUGGUUCAGGCAGAUCAGGAUCCUCCGGUACUAGUCCUUUCGUUUCCAUAAUCCCUCCAGAGGUUCGAAGAAAGAAGAAGAAUGGAAGCUUUGACGCACGAGAGCCCACCUCCCCAAAAGUCUCGUGCAUGGGCCAUGUCAAGAAGACGACGUCCAGCAAUCCUAAGCGCCGGGUUUCAUCACUUCCGCCACUACCACAAGCAACCAUGCGCGACGUUUCUUGUCCGAACAAAGAGGUUAAGAUAAAAAAGAUGAUCAAGCAGCAAGAAGUUGUUAAGAUUGAUUGUUUCGUGGGACGAAAGCGAGGUGGGAAACCCGAUGGCUCCAGCUGCUAUGAAAAGCCAAGGGUUCCAGAACAAGUACUACAGGCGCCACGGCCUUCUUUGGGUCAGAUAAAGCGGUUUUCAAGCGCUCGCGGUGCCCUUUCCAGCUUUGACUGGAGAAAUAUUCAGGGUGCUGCGUUGGUUCCAUCCGAUUGCAAGGAAGAUCAAAGGAGACGAAGAGUCCGCCAAUAAAUUUUAGGAAAAUAAAUUCACAACCUGAAAUUCUUAACAUGAGAAAUGCAAUUAGCUCGUAAAAUUCCUUAUAUUAUAAAAUAGAUCGUCAUCAAUUUAAGAACAUAUUAUUUUUUGUAAAUGUAAAUGUAAGGUGUGGUAUGCAUUUAACGUGUUGUAAGGGUGCGUUUUGUAUGAAUUGUCAAAAAGCCUUGUGAAGGGGCAUCAAAAGUCUUGUACAGAGCAAUGAACCUUAUGGUGAAUCUGUUGUAAUGUUGAAUGAGUUGCCAUAGUGUAUUAAAGAACCCAACGAGAUGUAAUAAAAUGCUUCAGAAUUAAAAUAGAGCAAAUAGGGAAGGUGUUUGAUAAAACGCUUCAAAGAGCCACAAGUGUAUUGAUAAUGGAAUAUUUUGAGGGAUUCCAAACCUCCAUAUAAGAGAGUA